AUGUCAGCUCUGUUUUGCUGUGAUGACGCCAGGCCCUACCGCCCUCAGACCCUCCAACAUGAGGCCAAGUUCCGAAAGUUCCUCGCCUGGGCCAAGUUCCCCAAGUCCUCGUCCAAGGCCGAAGACAGUGCCGCUGUCGAUCUUGUCAAGCUCGGUUGCCCAUUCGUGAUUCAGCUUGUUCGCCAAGUCAACUACGGCCCUCUUGAAUCAAAGCGAUACUUUGCCUCAGUCGAGGGCCAGAGUGAGGACUUCAUCGAAAUUGACGAGAACGAUUUGAUUCAGGCAAACUUCCAGAAGCUGAAUGCCUACAAGAACUUCCGAUGCGGCGCCCAUAACAAGUUCUUCGAGGUGAACGUCUACGAGAAGGAUCCUGUCAAUGUUCACCAUUGGCGUGUCAACCUCUCCCGUCCUGGAUCUACAAUUGACCUGUGA